UUCUGGCUCAGUCUUUUCUCGCUUUCAUCUGUACAAUUCGUGGUUCUGUUUUCCCCUCCUCCUCUUUUCGUUCCUUUCCUUUACCCCGCUGGCUUCCAUCUGUUUCUCGAAUACCUAUUCGCUAGAUUCUCUCCUUUGUCCUCUUAUACAUUCAUGGAAGAUAAUACUGCUGCUGCGGCUGCUGCCAAUGUAGUGGAAGCUAAAGAAGGAGCGAUUUCUGUGGCUUCUGCAUUUGCCGGUUUCCAAGAAGCUGUACAGGAUAGAGACCACAAGUUCUUAACAAAAGCAGUGGAAGAAGCAUAUAAAGGGGUCGAAUGUGGCGAUGGAGGUCCAUUUGGUGCUGUUGUUGUUCGAAAUGAUGAAGUUGUUGUAAGCUGUCAUAAUUUGGUUUUAAGAAACACUGACCCUACCGCUCACGCUGAGGUUACUGCUAUAAGAGAGGCCUGUAGAACGUUAAAUAAAAUCGAGCUUUCUGACUGUGAAAUAUAUGCGUCAUGUGAACCUUGUCCAAUGUGCUUUGGAGCAAUUCAUCUGUCAAGAAUUAAGAGGUUGGUGUAUGGAGCCGAAGCAGAAGCUGCAAUAGCAAUUGGAUUCGAUGACUUCAUUGCAGAUGCACUGAGGGGAACCGGUAUUCAUCAGAAAGCUCACUUGGAGAUCAAGAAGGCUGAUGGCAGCGGUGCCGUCAUUGCAGAACAAGUCUUUGAGAAGACUAAAGCCAAGUUCCCUCUUUACUGAUUGUUUUCCUUCUAAACUAUGAAAACACCUUACAGUUCCUCAAGGUGAGUUUCUGUUUCUGACAAAUCCCUGUUUCAUGAAUCUUCGAUUUCACGAAAUAUAUAUAACGGUUUGCCAAGAGUUGGAAGUAUCUGAGGUAGUCGCCAACUGGACUCCGCUCGUGUACUAAUAAUUCCUGAGGCAAAGAUAGUGCAGGUUCGAAGUUGCUGCGUUUUAUAUGUCACAUUUUUCAAAACUACGCAGCAUACACUAAGAAAUGGCUACUUGUGAAUAGUAUAAUACAAGCUGCUUUGUUUUUUUAACCACGGUCCACGGAUAGUGAGGUGCGUGGAGAAUUUCCCAACAUAUUUAUUUAGUGU